GGACGAGAAGGCGCUUGGUUCGAAAAGGGGAGGGUAAAGUCGUGGCUGUCCUUUCCCACACAAGUCAAAGAUCGAGACCAACGUUCACCAUCGCCCAACCAACAGCCGGCCAGCACGGAAUAGGAGAGAUUCGGCCAUGUCCCGGGAGGAUGGUCUUACCAGUGCGGGUCAGGGAGGUGUGUCGCUGCAACCGGGCGCAGAGGCGCGUAAUCCAAUGAGCAGAGUAGUGCUGUCUGAGUCGGACGGCGAGCACGACAAAUCUGUGUUCCUCUCGUCCGGCUCCACACUCGACACCGGUGUGAGCAGCAGCAGCGCGGCGGCAAGCUCCUCUGCCAGAACCAAUCAGUAUAGCUCUCGCUCUCAGCAUGUGUCGCAGGGUAGUGGCAAUGGCGGCAGCGGACGACAAGUCGGCCAGGAUAAUGACGAUGCCGCCUUGUCAGUGCUGCUCGUACCAGCGCUAGCGGAGUUCAUCGGCACAAUGGUGUUCGUGUUGAUCGGAAUAUUGUCCGUAAUGGUACAAACGCAAGGUCUGAUGAACCCAGCCCAUCUUGAUUACAGCAACGACUUUCUCAUAGCACCGCUAGCUCACGGCAUGGCGAUCUUCAUACUUAUCACCAUCACAGUUAACGCAAGUGGCGGCCACCUAAACCCAGCCGUGACUAUGGGCCUGUUUCUCAAUGGUCAGCUAGGAUUACUACGCCUACUGGUCUACUGGGCUGCUCAAGUCGCAGGCGCUACAAUCGGUGCAGCGUUAGCACUGGGAUUCCUGGGAAAGAAGAGCAUGAUGAUCAUCACUUACGGUGUUCACCAUCCCGCCGAGAGGUUCGGCCCAAACGGUACUAUCACACCGUUGGUGUCGGACGGCAAGGCACUGGGACUGGAGAUGUUUGCUACGUUUGUGGUGGUGAUUGUGGUGUUGCAGCUGGGGUCUGACCAGCUGGGACCACUGUACGUUGGCCUGGCGGUAGUGGCCGACAUCAUUACAAUAGGACCCCUGACUGGCGGCUCGAUGAAUCCGGCACGCAGUUUCGGACCCGUCCUGGUCUCCCUGGAUGCCCUUGGCGAUUCACAGUUUGACGGCCACGAAGGACUCUACUUUGAGCGUGUCUGGAAGCCGCAGUGGAUUUACUGGGUAGGCCCUAUGCUCGGUGCUUUGCUAGCGAGCAUAGUGUCACGCUACGGAUUAGCCGAGCAGCAGGAAUCACGCAAUCGCCGACUCUAUUUGAGAAUCAAAUUACAGUGAGGACAAUAAGCCAGCCAUCAAGUUAUCAUUUCGAAUGACAAGUCAUUUUCUAAUCAACACCAAGUCGGUAAACACUAAGUUAUCAACAAAACAAUUUAUGCUCCAUUGCAAGUUUUCGCAACCAUGCACCAGCCUACAAAAUGCUGGUAUUUUA